UUCUCAGAAAGUCGUUUUAACUGUUAGCUGUGCGCGCAUAUCAUUCUGGUAGUCUUUCAGGGAUUAAUUUACGUUGCAAGUUGCUGAACUAAAUUACUAAAUGUAUCCCCAAAUUGCGAUAACUCAAGAAAUAAUCCGGUUGAAUGGUAUCAAAUAUCAACAAGGUUGCUACAAAAUAUUCCCUGUGACGUUUUUAUGGGUGUGUUGGGAACUCCAUGCCAUGGGAACGUUGUGGUAACAGUUCCACCCAUGUUAGAUACGUACAUUUGGGUGAAGUAUACAGUGUACUGGCUUACACGAAGUAUGCCGCCAAGGUCGAUUUGAUGCACGUGGCAUAAAGACCGGUUCAAUAACACCACCAUUAUUUUGGUCUGGUGUUUUAUAAUUAUACACAAUAAUACACAACUCUCUUUACAACUGUUGCGAGUGUUUUGCUAUGAGAAAACCAGCCACCAUGUUAGGAGUGGCUGCUGCAGGUACACUCGUUGCAUAUGGUGUUUAUUCUUAUUUAAAAAGAAGGAAACAAAAGCAGACAGAUGAAAUUAUCAAUGAUAUAAUGAAUGACUUUAAAGAUGCAAAUGUUUUUAUUAAAGACCCAGUUGGUCUGCGAGGGAAAUUGAAGGGUUUAAUGGAAGGUGGUGCUGAGAAAAUGCAGUGUAUUGCUGAUUUUGAUGGUACUUUAACAAGAGGGUCUUACAAGGGACAACCUGCACAAAGUAGCUUUGCUGUCGUUUCACGCACUGCUUUGUUGCCUGAGGAUGUUGAAAGAAAGGAACAAGAGUUGAGGGCAAAGUAUUAUCCAAUUGAGAGAUCAAGUGACAAGACAUUAGAAGAGAAAUGCAAGGCUAUGGAAGAAUGGUGGGCAGGAAUCUUUCGUAUACUGGAAGAGAGCAGCUUUACAAAACAAAUGAUUCCAGACAUAGUUAAAGGUGGAACUUCAGUUUUAAGGGAAGGCUGUGUUUAUUUUCUCCAGAGGUUAAAUGAUGAAAAAAUACCUCUCUUGGUUUAUUCAGCUGGAAUUGGAGAUAUAGUGGAAGAGGUUAUUCAGCAACAAGCUGCUGAUUCUACCAAAAAUCUUGACAACAUCACCAUCAUUUCAAACUACAUCAACUGGGAUAGUGAAGGAAAUAUGAAUGGAAUUAAGGGACACUUUCUUCAUUCAAGCAAUAAAGGAAGUUUUGCUGAAUCUUUAGAUUAUAAAGAUACUGUGAAGACUCGGACAAAUAUUAUUCUGUUGGGGGACAAUGUAGGAGACUCAGAGAUGAUAAAAUGUGCUGGAAAUGUUGAAAUCUGCUUGAAUAUUGGUUUCUUAAAUGACAAUGUAAAUGAGUUGAGAAAAGAUUUUGAAAAACUCUAUGACAUUGUAAUUGCGGACCCUGAAUCCAUGAUGCUUGUUUCUGUCCUGCUAAUGAAACUUUUGGGUAGGAAAUAGAUCAUCAAAAAGGUAACAUUUACU